CACUCAUGAGUCACUGUUUUUACCUGCCAGUGAAGAACCGGAAGGAUACAGUUUGAGUGGAUUCUACUUACAUUUUUAAGAGAUAAAUAUUGAAAAGAUACUAAUCAAAACGCAUUUGCACUUGUGAUGAGGUGAGUGACCAUGGCGCAGCACUAUGAUGGUCUGUCCCACUGUAAACUGGCCCUGGUGUUUGCCAUAUUGAUGGACCUGCUAGGUGUCUCUGCUCUUCUGGUGGGGGUUUUCGCCCCAUUAGAGAUUAAGGGACAGGACUUUGGGGACCUGUUGGUGUACUCUGGGGCUCUACUGAUGCUCAUGUCCCUGGGAGGAUGGGUCAUGUGGUACAGCGGGAACCUUGAGGGCCUGACCUCCAGGAAGGAGCUAGGGGGAACCAUGGGUGCCAUGGACCGGCUGGCCCGCUCCCUCAGCCGCAGGAUACGACUCCCCAGGAGCCACAGCAGCCCCUCAUGAUGCUUCAUGGUCAGGCGUAGGAGAAGGGUGUGGUUGUAGGGGAGGGUCCUCACUGUCUCCAUUAGACUAUUGGCCCCUGAUAGUCAAACUGCCUGGGGGUCUGGGAGCAGUAUUGUUGGCAUUGAGGGAGUGCUAUUAAAUGAACCAUGCUAUGGCCCGUGAUGUGAACAGGCAAAAGAGGGGUUGGGAGGAGCACCCUUCUCAAACCUAACAGUAAUCUGCGCCGCUCGGUCAUGUUGUCAUCAAGGCAGCAUAUGUUCACAUUUUCAAACUAGUUUUCAAUAGGAAGGCAGAUAAUGAUUGCUUUUGAUAAAAAUUAUUUUUGGUAUGUGUAAACACAGAAUCCUAUUCAUUACUCCAUGCCCGGUUCCAAAACGAAUGUAAUCAACGCCAACCCAUUUCACCCGGGACAGGAAUAAGAUUCCGUUUUUAAGAUAUAUAUAUUUUUAUAGAACUCCCUCAUUCUUUAACCCAAGUUCCACCGCCUCCACAGUGGAAGAGACUUACAUACUGAUAGUUCACUAGUGUCAAUUACAAGAUGGAAAAACUGUUGGUCAUUGCAUUUUAUUGUGACUUAACCUUUGCUGAAACACCUGCGGUAGAUAACAGAAUUGUACACUGUCUGAAUAGGAUUUUAAACGAUCAAGCAUGGAGGCUAUUCAUAGAUCACUUGGUUGGUUUGUUUAGGCUUGAAUCUGUACAGAAUUGAUCUUUAUAUUCAUAAUAAUUAAUGUGUUGUGGUUUUCUUUGAAUCGUAAUAGGGUUUUUGUAUUAAAUUAUAAAAUUGUAUUAAAACUAUAAAAU